AGAUCUUUCUCAUUCCCCCCCACACACACACACACACACAUGUGCCUUUGUUAUACUCACAAGUAAUCUUCCCAAGCAUGAUUUUUGGUCUGUAAGUAGACUGUGCGUAAGAAUUCCAAUUCCUUUUUUGAUAUGAUCAAACAACAGGUACAUGAAUGAAUGAAUGAAACAAUGGCUACCACGUAGUCCACGAUGAACACAUCCAAGAACCGGGCGCAAGCAUCUUCUCAUAGUUAAGGCUCAGCUUUCAAUGGUCAUUGGGGUUGGUCACUGAGAUCGAAGAGGCGACCCCUUGAGGAAAGAUGGGGGGAAAACGAAGGGAAAGGGGAGAGCUUUGAAGGGGGUCCCUUCCGUUCAGAGUCAGUGACCCUUGAAGGCUGAGCUUUAACAUAGCGAGAACAAAAUGUCAAGAAAUACCCAUAGGCUGGACGAGGAUGAUGUAAACGACGCUGUAGAGCAGCAUUUGAGUCUCAGUAUGGAGCGAAUGGGCCCUCCAGCGCCGGCUGCGGCGGCGCCUUUAACAUCUUCGAGAUUACAAGAAGGUAGACACGAGAUGCCACCAUCACGGAUGGGCAUGUUGAAUGCUAUGAAACAAAAAGCAGCGGAGAUGAAUGCAGAACAAGAUGCUGCAAAAGCUGCUGCUGCCGGGGAAGCCCCUCCAACAGAUUCGGCUGCUCCAAAAGCCAGCACUUCUGCUUCACCCGCAGCACCAGCAGCUACCGAAACACCAGCUCCCACAACUGUAACAUCAGUCGUACCUGAGAAAGCUGCUGCUGCGACCACGCCUGCAGCCAAAGGUGGCCUUGGCGCUCUGGGUGGCGGAGCUAUGCUAGCGAAAAACGGCCACGGUGGUGGGGCUAUGUUAGACAAAAGAUUAGAGAUGUUCGAAGGAAGUGGAGCCGCAAAACCUAAGGCAUCGGAUGAGAAGCUAGCGAAAAUAGAACGCACCAAAGCAAAACGAUCUGGUUUGCCUUUGCCGACUGGAGGAGACGCAAAUAAAGUUUCUCCAGAAGAAGGAGGCACUACUGCUGGAAACGAAGACGUAGCAGCAGCGACAGCACCAGCUGCCGUUACAUUAAGAGUAGGUUAGAGGUGCUUUUCUUACCGCUUUUUAUGCCUCUCCUAAGGGAUAAAGGCAUAACAAGCGGGGUAAGCGAGCACCAAAAGCCUACCUCUAAUUACAGUUCCCAAAGCUGCGAAUAACCCAUUAUUAGGCGGUCUGGGAGCAAAGAAAGCCUCACCUUUCGGCGGAGCACUAGGAGCCGCAGCAUCGAAGCCCGAUGAGACAAGCACGACCUCUGCUCCCGGAACCGCUAGUACCACAGGAGAGGACAGUACGGCCACAGCAACCGCAAAAAACCCGCUUUUAGGAGGUGGCCUCGGUGGUGCCAAAGCAGGAGGUGCAAACGCUAAAUUAGGUGGUCUCUUUCCUGGGGCAGGAGGUGCUGCGGGAGCAGGUGCGAAGAAAGUGUCUAUUGCUGGAAUAGGCGCUCCUGGCACAGAUGGGACUUCACCUGCAGCCUCUCCAGUCGGUGGAGCAAAGGCAGCAGGUGGCGCAGCGGCUUUACUUAAGGCUCAAAACAACUGGAGUAGUGUGUAGUGCUGGGUACAUUCAUUUUUCAUUCAUCUUCUUGCGUAACCCCGAUAGAAGUACCAGAGACAACAAUUUUGGAAAAACGAUUAGCAUGUCGUAUAUACGACGCAGUUUUUUAAUUCGACGCAGUUUUUAAAAAACGAUUAGCACGACGGAUAAAGCUUUCCAAUUUGUUGAUCUUGUUUUCUACAUAAUUAAUGUGCAAUUCUUGGAAAAAUUCUUUGUUGAUUCGUCUGCCUGUCGGUAUCCACUGCAAUACAUGAAUUGUAAAAAUUCUUUGUUGAUUCGUCUGCCUAUUCUGAUCCACUACAAUAUCUUAUGCGAGAACUAUAUUGAUCAUCUGCCUAUUCUGAUCCACUGCAAUAUAUUGCUGUUGCUAUCAAUCACUUCUAAUUCCCUCGGCGGAGGUGCCCCCGGUGCUAGUCCAGGAGCGACUCCCAAAGCCGGCCUAGGUGGUCUCUUUGGGGGUGGAGCCAAGAAAGGUGGAGGAGGUCUUAAUAUGACUGGUGUCAUGCUUGCGAAGAAGCAAGCCGCGAAAAUUAAGGAAAAGGCGAAGCGUUUGCGAGAAGAAAAACAUGCGCACUUGAAGAACUUGCCACCUCUGCAGACGAACGUGAUCGAGAAAAAUUAAGGGAAACGUCUUUUUUUUUGAAUUUUCCGUUUUGAAGACCUGUCUCUCAGUGAUCUCAAAAGGCUCAUCCAGGAUGCAGCUCCUUCUAGGUUUUAGACUCUAAAAAAAGAAGCGGUUACAAGACCCAGACGUGCGAAGUACGAUGACGCCAAUGCAACGACUAGUCACACACAAACACUUCGACGUCGGCAUCGGAAUAUGUAUCAUGCUGAACGUCCUCUUUAUGGGUAUCGAAUACCAGGUCUCGGACAGAGACAUCGAAAAUAAAGCCCUGCAGAUGUGCAUAUUGGUACGAGAAUAGUAGUGCAAGAAGAACUUCUUAAGGCUUGUUAACAGAUGAGUCUACUACAAGAAGUACAAGGUUGAGGUUCUGCAGGUCGUGAUAUAAUCUUCACCCACGUAUCACAACAAGGUACCCUUAUACAUAGACUACAUUGCCGGCGAGUCUCUGUUGAGGGUGACCUUCAUGAGCCUACAGUUAGACUAUCACUCAACGCAUUUCUUCCCUCACAACAACUUACUUAUAUUAAAUAUAUACUAAAAUAAACCCUAUUUCCACCCCCACAACAAACCGCUCACAACAGAUUUCCGAUCUUAUUUUUCUGAUGGUGUUUACGGCGGAAUUGUGUUUGCGUAUCAAGGCUUUCGGGAUCAAGGAGGUCGUCUUCAACUUCAUGUACCUGUUGGAUGUGGUAGUCGUUUCCACAGGUCUGAUAUCAGAAGUUAUCCUGCCGAUAGCCGCUGGAACGUUUCUACAAAUCAGCUUGAAAGACAGUACUUGCUUCUACAUCUGUAAAAAUAUUUUUAGAUGAUCCACGAGGACUAGCUUGAAGGUCUUAGGUGAUAAUUGAUAAUAUGCUUAUGGGUACGCAGUGUAUUCCUCCAUCACAUUUUUCUUCAACUAAGCGGCAAGGACACACAGUAGUACUCCUAUUCUGUUGUUUCUUCAGAUUGAUUGCUCUUUUACUCAACGUGAAACACUAAGACAGUACUGCUGAUGAAGAUGAUUCUUUUGUUGAUCCAUCCCCUCUUACUUAGAAACAGGAGGUUUAGAUUUGUCAUUGUCUAUCGGUAUAAUGAUCAACUAUUGUUGAAUUUGCCUUCGUCCACCAAGAGCUUCAACAUGAUAGAAUUUAACGCUCAUGAUCAAAGCACAUAGAGAAAAUGCAAAUGGUUGGUUACUUAAUUUUUCCUUGAUGUGAGCUUUUUACUGCCGUCAUCCAAAACAUGUUAGAAUCAAUAAGAAUAGUGUUCUUUUUUCACCAAAACCAAUAGUUCAAUUCCAAAAUCACCAGGUGACCCCAUGUUGAAUCUGGUUCGUUCUACGCGUGCUCUUCGUGCUUUGCGUGUCCUGCGUGUGCUGACCAUGUUCGAAGCGUUGUGGCAUGUCGUGGAGCUUUUCUUUUUCUCGCUGACGCCACUCUUUUGGGCAGUGGGGUUCAUCUUGGUGGUCGUCUUUAUGUUUGCGAUCUUUACCAUCGUGUUGAUUGGGCGAGCGGACCUGGGGAGCGAUCCUGGCGUCUUGGAAUCUCAGGAAAGCUUUUAUUCGACCAGCAAAGCGCUGAUUACACUUUUUCAGGUACUUAUUUUGAACUUCGAUGAUACAACUUGUUUGAGUCGAGUCAGGAAAUUCUUGCACUUCUAGAAGGUAUGUUGCUUGGAAAUGAUUAUGAUUAAUCUAUUUUUUACAGGAAAUUAGUAGUUGUACAACUAGCGGCGUGCUGCCCUUACUUUUUUCUGCAAUUGAAUUGUCUGCAUUUUUUCUUCCUAGUCUUAGUGAAGCAAUCAAUUAUCGCAAUUGAUCAACCACUUUCAACAGAUCAUGACCCUCGACGGAUGGACUGGGCCGACGCAGCCACUGUUUGAGCAGGAGGUUUGGACAUACUUCUGGUUCCUCUUCUUUAUUUCUAUUUCCGCUUUCUCGCUCAUGAACCUGAUCACCGUCACUGUGCUCGAGACGGCGCGUGAGCAGCAGGUCAAGUUAAGGCUGGUGCUUGAGGGAAUCCAUCUUUCGAAAGGCAUCUCUUUGUCUCGUAGGUACAGCACCGGAGGGAAACGAGUGGAGAGAUGCCCUCCUCCAAGAUGGACAACUUCUGCAAGUUCUAAUUAGAGUGCAGACUAACACCGACAUCGACCACAAGACCCAAGAGAUUAGCGACUUGCUAGAUUUUCCCGGAGACGAGGAAGUGACCACCAAAGAGUAUUUCAUCAAUAAUUGGAUGAAAAAUCGAGCCUUGCGGCACUUGUUUGACAAGUUGCACCUGAACGCUCAAGAUGCAGGUGGUUUCUUCGACGCCUUAGAUAUCGACGGCUCUGGGGGUUUGGACCACUUCGAGUUGGCAACGACAUAUAUGGAACUGGUGUCCAGUGUGAUGGACUCGUCCCACAACAUCGCAUUGAUUCGAUCGGCCUGCGACCCAGAGGAAAAAACGAAACUCCUGAAAAGUACCAUGUUGCAAUCCCAACAAGGUCGUUUCGCGGCAGAAGUGAGGCAGGCAAGGGAGGAAGAAAAAACGGCGAUGGAGGCAGAAAGAGCAAAAGCACAAAAGGAUAGAGACGUACUUCAUAUCAGAAUGUUUUUUCUCAUCCCUCCAUGACUUCGAUGAUGUUUUUUCUGAUCCUCUCCGCCUUAUGACAUGCUGAUGACUGCUCAGGUAAUCUACCUCUAGCUGUUGCUUAGUAGUACGAGCUUUUGCACUGUUCUCUUCGCUUCAAAGCCUAUUCAGAUACAGACGAUACUUGUCCUUUGUUAACAUCUAAGGAUCUCUAAGGAUUUCAGAACACUUGUAACUGGAGGCAAUGAUUGAUGUCUGCAUAUUUAUCUGGUUUAUGGUUGUAACUGGAGGCACUGAUUGAUGUCUGCAUAUCUGGUUUAUGGUUGACGGUUCGUGACUAUCUUGUCUUGCCAGCGACUGAGGAUUGUCUUGCCUGUCGGGUUGAAGUUUACCCUGAUGUUACCUCAAGUAGCGCAUACUGCUUUUACUUGACGACGGGAGCCCCCGACAUAGCACUUAUACUUUAGUCUGAAUGGUUCUGGAAUUUGGUAACCUGAUUUUGAUGAUCAGAAGGGGGAAAGCAAGAAGACGAGAACCCUUGAGAUCGAAAUCAGGUUACCGAAUACCAGAACAGUACAUAGUCCAUGUUUACCUGAUAAACUACAGGGGGCUACUGCUAAUGCAUGCCAGGAAAUCUUUGAUUAUCUUUGAACUGCCACUGCAAGCAACUUACAAACAUCAACAUGCCAGAUUUGAUUCGAUAGAAUUCCGCGUCCUCCACUCCUAAAUAUAAUCCUAAGAGGACCUAAUAAAAGCAUCACCAUCUUCUACUUAACCAGGCCAUGCGAACAGAAAUGACGGCAAUGCAGAACGAAAUGGCGCGGUUGGCUGGCGUGUUGACGGAGGUGAAAGGAGCAAUGGAUGAACGCAUACCGCAGGUCGACUUAAGCAGACUAGUAGGCGGCCCAAGAGGACUGGAUGGUAUGGUUAGCGAAGGCGAAUUCUCGAGGAGCGUGAAACCACCGAAAUACAUAACCAGAGAAGACGGCACGAUCUUGAAAAGGAAGAAGAAAAAGAAGAAACUAGUGGGCAGUCCGGGAGCUGCUGGGAAAAAAGGAAGCAAGAAGGGAGGAGAAGGGGACGAAGAAACAGAUGGAGGGAUAACGAGUGAUAAGGGAGAUAUGCUAUCACCGCGACCAGGGGAUAAGAAAAUCGACUAAAGAGCAAAACGGGAGCCGAAGCUUUGCUGAAAACUUGACACUUGGUAAAAUUUCUCGCACAGGAUACUAGCAUAGCAUAUUCAUCAGUAGUGGUUGAAAGUAGCAGAGCAUACCAAGUAGUUAAACAGAGAAGCAUGAUCGCACACUAUGAUGAAGCUGUACAUGUAAAAAUAUGACGAGGUUUGAUGCUCGUGUAAAGUAAAGAUGAUCACUAACUAUAAUGAGUGUACCAAGUAGGUUGGAUAGAAUAGACAUUUGCAUACGACUUUCAAGAGACUUUCUUAUUCGCAUACGUUUGAUAGUUUGUGACGACAAUUCCAUCGCAAAUUUCAAUUGGGUCUUGGGUUAUUUCUUUCCUAUUUCAGAUUCAGCAUGUUUACAUUUAGGUAGCAGCAUACUUAGGUAGCGAAGAUUCUUCUUGUAAUAUUAUGUUUUGGUAACAUUGUUCAUAAAUUAUAGACUAGUACGGGUUUAUGAUGUCUUCUAUGAUGGUAGAUACCAAAAUUGGAUUUUUCAGGGACUCAGCAUGGGUACGUAUAUCAUGUAAAUGGUGUUGUAAUAAAUAGUAAUAGUAAGUAAAAGUAGUAUGUUCCAGAACGUUGUUGGUCUUCUUUGCGCAUUGUAGAGUGAGGAAGAAACGGACAGAGUCACCAGGAACAACGAGGAUCAACGCGAAAGAACAUACAACCACUGUAACUACAAGCUGCUGCAGGUGUAACACAGCAAGAUCGAUUAUUAUUACACGCCACUCAUGUAUAGUAGAUGAAUUUGAUGUCAGCGAAAUUCUUGUCAUGAU